AUGCCGCCGUCGCUACGAAAGGACGUGGCCUUGUUCCAGUCCGAGCUUAGAUGCGUCCAGGUUGCCAUCCUCUGCUGCGACGAACUCGAGGAGCCCGACGUCCAGACCAUCAUCUGGGCCGACCAGCUCCGCGACCUAGCCUACGACAUUGAGGACUGGCUCAGCCUCGUGGACGACGGCACCCACGACGCCGACACCGGCACCUCCUCUCGGUUCACCCGGUGGUUCCGCCGCGGCGUCCGAAGGCUCACCACCGUCCCCGACCGCCUCGUCAUCGCCACCGAGCCGCGGGAACUCUGGAGGCGCGUCCUCGAGGUGGCCGAGCGGCGGAAGCGCUACAGCUACACCCUAAUCCUAGGCCCGCAGAUCGGCAGGGCGGGGUCCCAUUACGCCGACCCACGGCUCAUCACGAGCCACGCCGACAGCGCGAGUCUCGUCGGCAUGGAUGGGCCGCGGAGCGAGGUGGUGGAGAUGGUUACUGCGGCGGGCUCGGACGGGCUGAAGGUGGUGUCCAUCGUCGGCAUGGCCGGCUCCGGGAAGACCACGCUUGCCAGGGAGGUGUAUGGGCUGGUCGGUGAGGGGUUCGAUUGCCGCGCGUCCGUACGGGCCGGCCGGAGCUCCGACAUUGCCAAGGUGCUCGGCGAUAUGCUAUUCCAAGUGGACCGCGCGUACAGAGGGCGAGCUGUUGGUGCCUAUUAUGUAGAUAUGUUGAUUAGUGAGCUGGCGGAUUAUUUCAAAGACAAGAGGUAUCUUGUCAUGGUUGACGAUGUAUGGAGUGUUCAAGAUUGGGAGAUCAUCAACGAGUGUUUUCCAGAGAACAAUCUCGGUAGUCGGAUAAUCACCACGACAAGAAUUGAGGCCGUUGCGAACGCCGCAGGUGACCGUGUUUAUAGGACUCGCCUUCUCGGUGAAGCCGACGCCGAAGCAUUGUUUUCCAGAACAAUUUUUGGCAGUGUGGGUCGGUGCCCUCCCCAUUUCAAGGAUGUUUCAGCUCAGAUCAUGAGAAAGUGUGGGGGUUUGCCGCUCGCUAUAGUGAGCGUGGGUGGCUUGUUAGCCAGCAAGGCGCACACAAGAGAUGAGUUUGAGCGGUCUGGCCUGAAAUGGCGGGAAAAUUCAGAGCUAGAAGGGAUGACACAAAUCAUCAAACUUAGCUACAACGAUCUUCCUCCUCAUCUCAGGCCAUGCCUGUUGCAUCUAAGCAUAUUUCCUGACAACCAUGAGAUUGAAAUAGAGCGUCUUGCGAGGCGACUAACUGCAGAAGGGCUCAUUAGUGAAUGUUGUUACAGAGAUAUGGAGGAAACAGCGACAGACUACAUAUAUGAGCUCAUUGACAGAAACUUAAUCCAGCCAUCACGGCUGAACCAUGAUGGCACCCAUCGGAGCUGCAUUGUUCAUCCAGUAAUACAUGAUUUCAUCGUGUGCAUGUCCACAGAAGAUAAUUUUGUUGCUCUGGCUCAUGCUCAACAGAAAUUUGUCCCACGUGGCUAUCGCACCAUCCGACAUAUGUCUUUGUUGAACAGUGGUAAAUAUGACCAGGCUGCUGCACAAAUCGAUGGGGCGAAAGUUUCUCGUGCUCGCUCCAUCACCGUAUUUGCUCACACCGGUGGCAUGCCUCGUCUGAAUUAUCUCAGUGUGCUACGAGUUCUGGACCUCGAAGACUGUGAAGGUCCACUGUGCCUCGAUGGUCUCUGCGGAUUGCUGCUACUGAGGUACUUGAACCUCAAGGGAACAGAUGUCAGCAAGCUCCCAGCAAAGAUUGGGGAGCUAAGAUGCCUAGAGACACUGGAUGUGAGAUCCACAAAGGUAAAGGAGCUACCUCCCAGCAUUCUCAAGAUGGAAAUGCUAAAGCAUUUGCUUGCUGGGAAUGCGAGGUUGCCGACUGGGAUAGGCAUGUUGAGGUCAGUGCUGACAGUUUCGUGCAGCAAUAUUGGGAUGAGCGCCGAUGCAGAUAUCCUUCAAGAGCUCGGUGAAAUGGCAAGUUUGAGGGAACUGGAACUAUUUUGUAAUCUUACACAGAUGUCUGAAGAUCAGAAACAAGUUACAUUUUCGAGUGAUGGAUUUAAGAGUCUUAGGAAGCUUUCCAUUCGAUGCAACUCGCCAUCAGUGACCUUCAUGACCGGCGCUCUAUCGAAGGUUCGAGUGCUUGAGUUGAAGUUGGAACAACGCGUUUUGGAGAAGUCAAGAGGUGUGUAUGGCAUAGAGCAUCUGUCACACUUGAAGCGCAUGCUCAUGGAGUUUUCACAGCAUGAUGCGGGUGCUGCAGCAGCAAUGGCUGUAGUCAGGAAGGUUGUUGAGACGGUCCACCCUAGCUGUGAAGUGAUCACCGUGAACAUUGAUAACUAG